AUGGAUGAAUUAAAUUUACAUCAUUCAUCAAUUUAUAUACAACAAUCAGAUUUUGAAUCAUUAGAAUCAGCUAAUCAUCGUUUCAAUUUGAAUAAAGAUAAUAAAUUAGAUAACCAACAUGAUAAUAAUGAAAAUCUCACUAAGCUCAAAGAUUUAAAACUCAAUCUUGUCAAAGAGAAAAGUGUUCAAAAUGAUAAAAAUCAAUUGGAAGAAGAAUUAGAAAUAAAUACAGCUAGAACUCUUACAGUACGUAUACCCAAUGGUAGUUCAUUUGAGUUACCUAUUGAAUCUGAUAUUUAUGCACAAACUCCAUCUGAAUUAAAACAAUGUCCAUUAUCAGAUAAUACUUUAUUUAAUUCUUAUGAAUCUGAAAGUCCUGAUGAAAUAUGUUUAGUAAAAGAGGCAUGUAAACAUAAUUACAAAUUAUUACAACGUGGUGUUGAUUUCAUAUUAUUAUGGUUACCAAAAGAUGGACUUGUUUGUAUACAUGUACUACGUAUUCUACCCUUUGAUUCAAAAAGAAAACGUAUGUCUAUUAUAUUUCGUCAUCCAUAUACAAAUGAACCAAUUCUAUUUACAAAAGGUGCAGAUUCAUCAAUUAUGAAUCGUUUAGAUAAUACAGGAUUAAAUUCACGUGAAUUAAUAACUGCUACACAGGAACAAAUCGAUCAUUAUUCACGUUUGGGUUUAAGAACAUUAGUUAUAGCUGAACGAUUAUUGACAGAAGAUGAACUUCAUGAAUGGUUAAAAGAAGUCUAUGAAAUAGAAACUGGAAAUGAAAAUUCAACAGAAGCCAUGAUGAUAAUGAUGGACAAAUUAGAGCGUAAUUUUAUUCUUUUAGGUGCUACAGGUAUAGAAGAUCGUUUACAAAAUGGUGUACCAGAAACUAUUGACGCCUUACGUGAAGCUGGUAUGCAUGUAUGGAUGUUAACAGGUGAUAAACAAGAGACUGCAGUGAAUAUUGCUCGUUCGGCUAAUCUGAUUACACCACAACAUAGAGUAAUGUAUAUUAAUUCACGUUCAGAGGCUCGUAUAGAAUAUCUUUUAAAUUCAUAUUUAUACAAUAUUAUUAGUGGACAUAUAUGGGAUUGUUCUAAUGAAUUAGAUGAUAAACUUGAAAAAUUUACUAAUCCACGUUAUUCUAAUGCUGAACAUCAUCAACAACAACAACACAAUAACAAAAAUCAUCAAACUAAUCAUAAAUCUAAAAGAAAAUCUAAUUUGCAUCGAUCAUUUUCACAUUCACCACAUCGUAGUCGUACUAUACAUCGUGUACGUAUUAUACCUACACAAAAACCAUCUUCAUUACCACGUGAUAUUACUUAUUUUCAUGAAUAUAAUAAUAAUACUACUACUACUAAUAAUAAUAAAACAAAACAAAAAAAUUUUUUUAAUUUUUCAAAAUUUCUUAAAUAUUAUCGUUUGUUGACAAGACAACAACAUCAUUCUAAACGUAAAGUAACUAAUUAUAAAAGGCAUAGCAACAAUAAUCAUAAUAUGGAUAAUUAUAUUCCAUUAGCUUUAGUAAUUGAUGGUGAAAGUUUAAAUUAUGUAUUAAAUAAUGAAAGAAAUAAAUUACAAUUUAUUAAAUUAUGUGAUAUGUGUACAAAUAUUAUAUGUUGUCGAUCAACUCCUGGACAAAAAGCCGCUGUAGUUAGUUUAGUUAAAGAUCAAUUAAAUGCCCAAACAUUAGCUAUUGGUGAUGGUGCAAAUGAUGUAAAUAUGAUACAAGUAGCUAAUGUUGGAAUUGGUAUUAAUAGUGGUGAAGAAGGUAUGCAAGCUGUUAUGGCAUCGGAUUUUGCUAUUAGUCGAUUUUAUUUACUUAAACAAUUAUUACUUGUACAUGGACAUUGGUGUUAUGAUAAACUUGCACAUGCUUCUUUGUAUUUAUUUUAUAAAGAUGCAAUUUAUAUAUUUCUAUUAUUCUGGUUUCAAAUGUUCAAUGGUUUUUCCGGUAGUAAUGCAAUUGAUCAAUUAUCACAAAUAUUAUUUAGUGUUACAAUGACUAGUUUACCACCAUUUAUUAUGGGUAUUUGGGAUAAUCCAUUAGAUGAUAAAACUUUAUUAGCUAAUCCUAUAUUAUAUAGAUCUGGAAUAAAUGGUAAUGCCUAUCGUCCAUGGUUAUUUUGGAUGAAUAUUUUCGAUGCAUUAUGGCAAAGUUUAAUUAUAUUUUUUCUAUCAUAUUUUACUUAUUCGGACGAUAAUAUUGGUUUAUGGGAAUUUGGAUUAUUUCAAACAAAUGCAACAAUUCUAUGUACAUUAUUUCAUUCAUUAAUAAUCACUAGGACAUUGGUUAUAUUACAUGCAGUUAGCUUUUUUGUUAGUUAUAUUCUAUCAUAUUUAAUAUUUACAAUGAUCUAUCAUACAUUUGCUGUUACUGUUGUUCCACCUGAAUGUCCUUAUCGAAUUAUAUUUCGAGUAAUGAAUGAUAUCAAGUUUUGGUUAUUAACAUUGGUUACUAUUAUUUUGGCAUUAUUACCCAGAUUACUUAUAAUUAUCAUUAAAAAUACUUUCUAUCCAAAUAUGGAUACUAUUGGUAAUUUACUAGCAAAAUAUUUAGGUCGUGGUAAACAUUUACCAUUAGAACCAUAUUUAUUACAUAUACCAUAUUCAUUAAUGAUGAGAAAUCGAUUUUCUAUACAAUCAACAAUCAAUCAUUUAUCAUCUUGUAUAUCUGAAAUCAAUUUAAAUAAUCAAUUAAUCAAUAAAUCUUAUAAAAAUAAUAAUUUAAUAGAAUAUAAUUCAUCAUUAAGUCCUAUAUCAUUAUCAUCAUUAUCAUCAUCAUCAUCAGAUAUUCAAUCAAAUUUAAUUAAAUUAAAUGAAACACCAAUACAUUUAAUAAAACAUUUACAUCAAUUACUGAAUGUGAGUAGUCAAUUAAUGAGAGGUGUACAACCUAUUCAUCAUUUAUAUGUUGAAGAUAUUUCAAAGAAUUCAAUAGGAAUAGAUCAUCUUCAUCAGCAACCGCAUCAAUAUCAUCAUCGUCAACGAUCUAGUACUAUACCUAGAAUUAUAACAGAUUAUAAUAAUUGUCAAUAUGAUCAAAAUGAUAUACAUAAACGUCAUCAUCAUCAUCAUCAUCGACAUUAUCAUACAUUUAAUGGUAGAUUAUUAAUAAAACAACAAAAUAAAACUGAUUUUGAUGAUGAAACUAAUGAUAAAGAUUUUGAUAAAUCAAAAAUAUCUUCUAUUUGGCCAGCAAUCAAUCCUAAUAAUAGAAUAAGUAAUAGUAUUCAAGCUUCAAAUAGUUCAAUGAAUAUUGAUCUUUCAACUAUUGGUCAUAGGAGUAGAGGAUCAAAAAGUCAAAAACAAACACAACAACAACAAUACUUCACAUAUCCUUCAGCUCGAUAUUCAUCUGGACAUAGACCACCAUUAUGUCAAAACGGACAUUUUCCUUUUGAAUUAAAUCCAAGAGAAUAUUCGUCCACUAAUCAAUCUCAGGAAGAAAUUAACAAAUCUUAAGAAUUAUUUACUCAAUAGACAAUAUUUUACAAAAACCUUUGUGCCUCUUUGUUUUUGUUUUUUUUUUAGAACUAAACGAUUUUAAUUAGAUUCGGUUUCUUAAUUUUUAACACUUUUAAUCUGUAUGAAAUGUUCACUUCUUGUAAAUAAAUUCCUUCUCUUUUUUUUCUAAAUGGUUAAUUCUACUCAUUUGCAACUAUAUAUUCGCUAACUUCUUGUCUAUUCCUUACACGCAACAUUGUACAGAUUAAUAUUAUUAUAGUGUGUAUAGCAAUACUAUUCAUACUGCUUUAGAUAAUAUUCUGAGGAUGAUAUAUAUGCUAACUAACUAAAC